AUGAGAGCAUUAAUUUUUGUUUAUGAGCAACAUUCUCGGCCUUGUUAUAUUACUUUAUGGCUAAUUACCAACGAAAAAUCCGCCUCGCGUAACAAGAAGAUGCGGUAAUCGCAACGAAGAAAUCUUCGUCCCAAGUCCGUCACGAGAAAUGACUCGAGAUUGCAUACAGCGAUCGAUCGCGGGUAUGUCACGCGAUGUCAAUUGUUUCUCCACUUUCAAGUAUAAUGGCUACGCUCGAAUGAAACGCGGAUCUUCACUUUCCGCCUUCCAUCGCACACCAGGCGCGCCAGACUGGUCCCGACGUCCAAAAUUCUAAGUACAUUCGCAGCCAUUCUCAAAUAACCGUACGAAGACGUCUCGUCGCCGGAAGCGUCGUUUGGAUUCUACGAUAACAGCUAGACUACCAUCGUCGGGGUGCUCGCAUCCGGCUGGAAUAGACGUCGACGACCUGCCACCGUUAGACUCUGAGAACGAGCGAACGAAGACGGUGCUGCGAGGAAGGAAGUGAGAUCGAGGAUAAAUUCUCGGUGACAUAUCUCCGAGCGAACUUGCGGUGGGUUGAUGAGAGAAGACGAUUGCAACGAUUAAAGGCUCGGCCAUCGACUCUUCGGGGUCAGUAAUGAAGAGUCGAUGAAGAAUCAUUGGUAUGGCCACGCGACUCAGCCCCCGAAACUCGGAGGUCAAUGCUCUCGAACAGCGAGGCUAUCUCAUCAGCAAGAAGAUCGGACAGGGAUCUUACGCGACAGUUCAUCUGGCGGAAUAUGUCGAUGGAACGAGCUCCAAGAAGAUGCGUCUAGCUUGCAAGAUCUUCGACAAGGAAAAGGCGCCGUCUGACUUCUUGGACAAAUUCUUCCCCCGCGAGCUCGAAAUUCUGACAAAGAUUGAAAAUCCGCACAUCAUUCAAGUGCAUAGUAUUCUGCAGCGCGGUUCGCGUGUGUUCAUCUUCAUGCGCUACGCCGACAACGGCGACCUGCUCGACUUCGUGAAGAACAACGGCAUAGUGCCGGAGCAGCAGUCACGGCUGUGGUUCCGUCAAAUGGCCUCCGGCCUACAUUACUUGCACAGCAAGAACAUCGCCCACCGGGAUCUCAAGUGCGAGAACAUACUUCUGUCACGGAAGUUCAAUGUGAAACUGGCGGACUUCGGUUUUGCCAGGUUCUGCGUGGACCACAGCGGCAGACGGGUGCUUAGUCAGACGUACUGCGGUUCGGCGGCAUAUGCCGCCCCGGAAGUCGUUGCCGGCACCCCGUAUAAUCCGAAAUUGGCGGACGUGUGGUCGCUCGGCAUCAUCCUCUUCAUCAUGCUCAACGCCCGGAUGCCGUUCGACGAUGCGAAUCUGCGCAAGCUUCUCAAGGAUCAGAUAUCGCACAACUGGAUCUUCCGCUCGCGCGUCCGCGACACUGUGUCUGCACUCGCCAAAAACAUCGUCCGCCAAAUCCUUGAGCCGGACAUCACCUUGCGGCUGACUCUUGAGCGGGUGCUGGGCCAUGAAUGGGUGAGGGCUAGGAAGGAGAAAACGGGCUCCCUUGCCGGAAGACUGGUCCAUUCGGCGCCGCCGAGUCACACUCCGAUGUACGGAGUCGGUAAUUUGGAUGGCUCGACUAUCGCAGGAACUGGAAACGUAGCGAAGACAUUCCCAGCCCUGAAAAAUUCGGAGAACCAACAUCAAGCGUCGAAGAUGGUGAACAAUUCGGGAAAAGAUCCGCAGCUAUCGAUUACUGUUGGAUAAGAGAAUAAGGAACCCAAUACUUGACACUUUAAAGAUAUACAAAC